AUGUUGAGAAGCAUCUUGCUGCAGAUUCGAUGUGACCGGAAGACACCAUGUUCAAGCUGUCAGAGUUCCCGAGUAACAUGCCGCACGACAAAACGGAAUCCCGAAAAGCGACAGCGCAUAAUCAUCUCUGGAAGAUAUGAACGUGAAAUCGAAAAUGUCAAUCAUCGAUUGGCUAGUCUCGAGAAGAUCCUGCAGGCUUCUGUGAGUGCUCAGGGUGGACCUCAGGCCUCGCCACAGACGCAUGCAGGCGCUGUACCGAGUCCUCGCGACAGUCAACCAACUGAAAGAGAACCUGAUUUUGCAGGGGAUUCAUCCUUUGUGGCUCAGUCGAAAGACGUCACGCAGGCGUUUGAAAGGAGUCUCGGACUUGCGCACGACACUCCCAGCUCAGCAGGAGAUGUAUCAGUUGCAGUUGCCACGCUGAGGAGCUUCCUAAACGACAAGUCAGCCAGUUCCGAUGGUGCUGCUGCCAUCCCUGUACACAAGCCUUUGCAAGAAGCAGUGCAUUAUCCUGAGCUCGCCAACCUGGAACUCCCACCAAUGCAAGCUGUCCUGAAAGUAUUGAGACUUUGUAAAUCACAUCCAUUCCAGUUCUUCUACGAAUACCCGGCAAUGGACGCCAGUCGCCUUUCCGACCUUUGCCAGAAGAUCUACUUUCCUACGGAAGACUACACCAUUGCCACAUUUGUCACAGUUCAUGUCUCCCUAUUCUUACUUUUCCGUCAGAUGCAGAAGGACACCGCCAAAGAACUGCAGCUUGGUCCCAGCGAGAUAGAAAUCUGUGUAGCCACGUGCAGCAAGAACGCUCAGACUUCCAUGGGAAGUAUGCGAGUAUACAUGGAGGCAAACUUUGAGAACAUCGAGGCUCUUCUCCUUGCGGCCAUGAUGGCGUUGGAACUCUCGCGUCCUUCACUUGCAUGGGCACUCAUCACGACUGCUACAAGAAUGGUCCAGGAUGCAGGAUACCAUCGCCUUCCACCUUAUUCCGUUGCUCCUGAAGCAACUAAGAAAAGGCUUCUCUUCUGGUUCAUAUACGCCAUUGAUCGGAGUAUGGCGCUCACUCUCGGCCGGUCCCCCAGCCUCCAAGACUACGAUAUCACUACUGAAUGGCCGAAAAUCCCGGAGGAGCUUGAUGGGCCUUUCGGUCGCAUGUACUUGGGUUGGAUAUCCUUGGGCGAGCUUCAGGGGCAAAUCUACGAGCAACUAUACUGUGCUCGGGCUCAAAGACAACCUCCUGAACUGAGGGCACAGCUUGCUAAGAGCUUGGCUUCCAAACUGCUCGAGAUGAAGGACUACUUUGAGAUCGACUUCGAGGGCCAACCAUUUUCAGAAGCCUUCUCUGAAAAUCUGUCCUCUAGUCGGAUCUGCCUGGCAUCAAUUCUGACGCUCAUCUAUCGGAUGAUCCCACCUGACCCGCUCCCGUCGGGUAUGCCACCACAUCCUCUGAAAUUCAACGACCUGGCAAUUCAGUCUGCUCGUGAAGCAGUGACUAUGCACAAUAAUGCAUGGGAUACGCUGAAGUAUCGCGAAAGAAACGAAUGGCAUCUUUUUGUCCAUUGGACAAUGCUGUGGAGUCCAUUUAUCCCCUAUAUCGUGGUCUUCGGGAACACCAUUGCCGACCGAAAUGCGGCAGAUCUCGAGCUUUUGAAAGCAGUCGUUAAUGCAUUGGAGAGUGUAGCCGACAUGAGUCCUGGAGUCGGCAAGCUGUAUCGUGCCUGUCGAAUCUUCUAUCAGAUUGCCAGCAUGUACCUGGCUCAAGAUGGCGUGGAUGACGAGCCAGUCCUGCAAGGUCCCGCCUAUCCUCCGGCGGCUUCCUCGAUGCAGGUUUUACCACAGUAUCUAGUGCCCGCUUGGCUCCAGGCCAGCUUCUCAUCCUCCGAUGCAGGCAUGCCGGAACUGCCUCUCUUCCAACAAGACUGGAAUGAUAUGCUCGAUGGAUGGGAUCUAGGCACAGACGGCAGAGACUCCAGAGACAAUUCCACAAUCUUCGGACAGCAUUUGUCAGGGGCCCCAGGGACCGGAGCUCAUAGACCUUUACCUUGACUUGCCUUUCCCCCUUAGAUGUAGCGGACGACAAUGACUCCUCACGUUACAGAGUCAGAUGAAGUCAAUCAGCGUAGAUUGACGCUGCAUACGCCGAAGAUUCGAUUUAUUGAUUCAGAUAGCGUUCGAUGGGACGUGAAUAGUGCAAAGGUGAAUUCACAGACAGAAAUAAG